CAGACUUGGUGUUCCAAUAACAUGAAAAGAACACGACAGACUUGGUGUUGCACCUGUUCAUCUUUUUUUUCCAUUCCUAUUCUUGGGUUCUGCCUUGAUACUGAUACAUAGUGCAAACGUACAAUGAGAAUGAUGUCUUUGCCUCUGCUAGUACGAACAAAGUGGCUUCGCCACCUUUGGUAUUCGAGGACUCUGGUGGGAGUAUCGUUUUCGUCGUCGUCAUGCGCAGGAGAAAAAAAUAGCCAACAAGUGGAGAUAAAUUACAGCGGAAAGGGAGGCAUAGCUCAGAUUUUGGACGAGUCAGAUUCUUCAAGAGAAUCGGUUACAGAACAAGGAGAAGGUGAGCCAGGAGCAGGGCAAGAUCCUGGACACGACGAAGACGAACGCGAGCAGCAGGAAGACGAGGAUCAAGACCUUACUAGAGGACCCUCACCAAGUUCAGGGGAAAGAAGUCCUCGUCACGGAGGUGCCACUUCGUUACGAUUGAUAAAGGAGGUGAUGCAUAGUUCUAGUGAGGCGUUGCACUUGGUUUCUAUUGACGAGUGGCUUCCCAGCCUGAAGCCUGAGGAAGUGAACAUUUGGAGCACUGAUUUUGGAAAUUUGGUAGGUGGUCUAUUUCCGGAGACUCCCAGACCGGAAAUUGAGGUCGCAAAUCGUUACAACGAAGUUCGACGACGAGCUGUUCUUCCGCUGUUGCGCCAAAUACUGCACCUCUUUCGCGAAGACACUCCUCUGGUGUACGAAAAUCCAGACACGAGAACGACAGAAAAUAACAAUGAUGAAGGACAGGAAGCUGAAGAAGACACAACACCAAGAAGUAGUGUUAUUGGGGCUAAAGUAGUUGACCAACUCAAACUUCAGGAGUACUCAGUUGUGAGCACCAGUAUGCCGUGGCCGCAGCCGCAGUCAGAUGCUGCCAGCGCGGCCGUGGCUGGUCAGAGGUUGCACGAACACGACCACAAGCAGCUUUUCCCACUGAUUCCCGCGGUCCUUUCGCAAUUAGUCAGCGAAACGCGCGGCAGCUGCUUCGACAUGCUGCUUGCCCUUGAGUGGAUCAUUACCAACCUCUUUCGCUAUCACAUCGAGCUCACGCGCAAGGAACUCGAUCUGGACGUACAGGCUGUGUCUCGGAAUUGUCACCGCGCUUUCCUCGACAACACUCUCAUCAACGAAUACAAUGAGGUUGCGGGAAUGGAACUCUUCUUCUUUCGCGCCUCUCGCAUGGUGCGCAUCAUGGAGACCUACCUACAUCUUCUUCUUGCCGUGGUGAUGCUGCAACCGCACUGUUUCAAUCAGGAGACCCGGUUGACUAUUUGCAGACUGCUUACUGAAGAUGUGCGGCGGGCCAGACGGAAGUGGAACAAGAUGGAGUUUGUGAUCACGUGGAAGAAUCUCUAUCACACUGCGGAUGCCUACCGCUUGAAAACGCACGUGGAGAACAUCCUAGAAACGGGUGUUUACGACAUUUUCGAUAUCUUCCUGAAAAUACAGCGAUCCGCACUGCGUGCGGUGCUUGAUCAGCGACCAGCCGCACUUGCAAAUCGGAGAGGCGCAAACACAGAUCAUCGAGAAAUCGGUCACGAUUGGACUCCAGUGGAAACUACAGGAGGAUUCAUCGAUUUCCUCUACCUCUACCGAACAGCAUUCGACGGUUGGGUGAUUGAUCGGGAUCUCGUGCGUGCCGUGAUCAAACUUUUUGCUGGGAAGUUUGAUUCUCUGCUUGAUGUUGGAGCGGGCGGGGGUCAGUACAGUCAGCUGCUUGAACUGGGCUUUUCCCAGGUGGUCGCAGUGGACGCGAGCUCUAUUGCAGCUGAAGUCACCGAUGGUAGAGUGCAGUUUGCUGAUCUGGCUAGCGACCAUAUGCCACAACGAAUAGCAGAAAUUGUUAGUGCGAAGACCACGGGUCAGAAGGACAACGGUAGUUCUCGAGGAGAAGACGAUAGCGACGAGAAAGCAAAGCCUGACAUUGGUGACGCGCUGAGUAAUGCAGGGCAAGCAGAAGUGAUGGAGACCCCGCAGUUUAAUGUUGUCUUUUGCAUAGAAGUCGCAGAGCACGUAGCAAAGGAGAGCGAAGAUGCACUGCUGGCAAACCUGCACGCCUUGACGGAACACUUCCUCGUCCUUUCGUGGAGCAAUGACAGGGACAAUGACUACCACGUGAAUCCGCUCCCGCCCGACAGGGUCGUGGCCAAAGUGGAGGCGAUGGGUUUUCGCUUAGACAACAGCAAAACAACAUUGCUGAAGGAAAAAAGUUCAGUAUCGUGGAUAAAACAGAACGUGAUGGUUUUUGAAAAGGUUUCGUAAGACACGUGAUGAGAGAUCAACGUUGAACUUCAUGAGGUAUCUGCUUGAGCAGAAAUCCAGUGAUACGCAGUCAUCGGAAGUAUGCGAAUGUCAACGCAUCUCCUUCCAGCGUUUCAACGCAUGCAUGCUACAGAUACGUUAAACUUUUUUCAGGCGUCGCAGCGUUCUGUGCAGACAUUCUUGUAUCAGCGACAUGAGCUCUUACCUGAUGCAGUCGCGUCUGUCUUCACUUCCGACUACUGUUCCUCUCGAUCAACAAUUCUUUCCAUGUCCUGCUGACCCUUAGUUACCGAUGAUUCUUUCACAGACACUGCGACUUGCUGCGGAUUUUGUCGCUCCC